CGGACGGGAUGCGGCGGGGCGGGGAGGAGGCGCCUCACCGCUGCGGCCGCUGGCCGCCAGUCUCAGUCCGGACUGCAGUCGGUGCGGCUCCGGAAAAGCGGCGGCGGGCGGCCGCGCGGGCAUGGCCGACCUGGCGACCUAGUGCCCACCUGCAGCAGGAGGUCUGGCGGCCCGCAGGGCGGAGGCGGAGCCGGGCGUGGGCAGCGGGAGCGGCAGCGCGGCCGGAGCCAUGAGCGCCGAGCCCAUCUGCAGCGCGCUGCCCGCCGUGCCCUCCCACAAGCUCGCCGACCUGCGCUUCCUCAGCCGCGGCGCGUCCGGCACCGUGUCGUCCGCGCGCCACGCCGACUGGCGCGUGCAGGUGGCGGUGAAGCACCUGCACAUCCACACGCCGCUGCUCGACAGUGAAAGAAAUGAUGUCUUAAGAGAAGCUGAAAUUUUACACAAAGCUAGAUUUAGUUACAUUCUUCCAAUUUUGGGAAUUUGCAAUGAGCCUGAAUUUUUGGGAAUAGUUACUGAAUACAUGCCAAAUGGAUCAUUAAAUGAACUCCUACAUAGGAAAACGGAAUAUCCAGAAGUCGCCUGGCCGCUGAGAUUCCGCAUCCUGCAUGAAAUCGCCCUGGGCGUGAACUACCUGCAUAAUAUGAACCCUCCUCUUCUGCAUCAUGACCUGAAGACUCAGAAUAUCUUAUUGGAUAAUGAAUUUCAUGUUAAGAUCGCAGAUUUUGGCUUAUCGAAGUGGCGCCUGAUGUCCCUGUCACAGUCACGGAAUAGUAAGGCUGCCCCAGAAGGCGGGACCAUCAUCUACAUGCCGCCCGAAAACUACGAGCCGGGGCAGAAGGCAAGGGCCAGCGUCAAGCACGACAUAUACAGCUAUGCAGUCAUCAUGUGGGAAGUCUUAUCCAGAAAACAGCCUUUUGAGGACGUCACCAACCCUUUGCAGAUUAUGUACAGUGUGUCACAAGGACACCGACCCGACACCAGCGAAGAGAGCCUGCCCCCCGGGACUCCCCAUCGAGCGCGGAUGGUCUCGCUCAUCGAAGGCGGAUGGGCACAGAACCCGGAUGAACGGCCAUCCUUCCUCAAAUGUUUAAUAGAACUUGAGCCAGUCCUGAGAACAUAUGAAGAGAUAACUUUUCUUGAAGCUGUUUUGCAACUAAAGAAAACCAAGGUGCAGAGCGCUCUGAGUGCUGUCUGCUUAGGUGACAAGAAAUCGGAGGCGUCUCUGAACCUCUCUCUAAGUCACGGUCCACAAGAGGAAUCGUGUGGGUCUUUUCAGCGUCAUAAGCGCAGCAGUUCUCCCGGAGCCGCCGGGUUCCUGUCCGCGCCUCAGCACAGUGACUGUGCAUCUAGAAAAACCCAGGACCACUCCGCCCUGCUUCCCCGCCCGGCCAGCCACAGCUGGGAUGAUGUGUCCGCGGCGCCCACGGCCCUGUUCUGUGACCAGGAGACCGCCCCGUGCUCCUUGGCAAUACACCCCCUCUCAGCCGAGGGAAACUCAGAGCGCUCGCAGCCCGGGGUGGCCCAGCAGUGGAUCCAGAGCAAAAGGGAGGAUGUCGUGAGCCAGAUGACCGAGGCCUGCCUCAACCAGGCGCUGGACGCCCUGCUGUCCCGGGACCUGAUCAUGAAGGAGGACUAUGAACUCAUCAGCACCAAGCCCACCAGGACCGCCAAAGUCAGGCAGCUGCUGGACACCACUGACAUCCAGGGAGAGGAAUUCGCCAGAGUCAUAGUGCAAAAGCUGAAGGACAACAAGCAGAUGGGCCUCCAGCCCUACCCGGACAUACUGCCCGCUUCUCGGUCACCAUCCCUACUCUUCAUUCAAAACAAAAGCUUAUAGGGGACUCGUUUCCAAGAAGAAAAGUCAGCUUAUUAAAAGCCGACAGCCUGGGUGUGGACAGGUGCUGGUCCUUGCUCCUCCUUUCCUCACCUGGGAAGGCGUUUCUUCGCAGUAUUGCAGCAGCAGCCUGCUCUGUGCCCGGAGCAGCGUCGGUCCGGUCACGCAGUGCCUCGCCCAUCCUCUUUAACGGCUGCAUAAUACCACCAGGGCGACUUUUUUCUUUUCCCUUUUUUAGAGAGAGCGGAAGGGAGAGGAAGAGAGAAAUAGCAACAUUGAUGAGAGAGAGCCAUCAAUCGGCUGCCUCCUGCAUGCCCCCUACUGGGGAUCGAGCCUGCAACCCUGGCAUGUUCCCUGACCGGGAAUCGAACCCUGACCUCUUGGUUCCUGGGUUGACGCUCAACCACUGAGCCACACCGGCUGGGUGGCCUUUUUUUUUUUUUUUUUUAAGAUAUAGUGAGUUCUUUUUUGGUUAAUUGGGUUAUGUCACUAAGUGAAAAUGCCCUUUCCUGAAAAUGUUUGUUAGCAAUGUCAGCAGAAAGCGUGACACCGGACAGAUGGGAAAGCGCCGCUCUCAGGAGCACUGCCCCUUCAGUGUGAGAACAUGAGGAAAAGCAAAAUGACUGAAUAUUUUACUAAAAAUAUGUAUUUCCAUCUCCAUGUUGGAGCUUGACAUUAACCUGCGGUGCCUCUGGGAACAUGGAAUUAACGUGAGAGAUGGAGCAGUGGGUGAGCUGUCUGUUACUACGCCUAUCGUUUUUAAAGUGCGAGGAUAAAGGUUCAAUUUGAGAAAUAAAUUGAGAAAAAAAGUGUCUUUU